AUGUCCAAGUUCGUAGCUCCCGACAUUAAAAACUUCAUGGUGUGGGACUAUGUUGUUUUCGCUGCACUCUUUCUAAUUUCUUCUGGCAUUGGUGUCUUUUUUGCAAUUAAGGAGAGGAAAAAUGCAACUUCAAAGCAAUUUUUAGUAGGUGGUAAGCAGAUGACAUGCGGACCAGUGGCAUUGUCCCUUACAGCUAGUUUCAUGUCUGCAGUGACUGUUCUGGGAACACCAGCAGAGGUAUAUCGCUAUGGAGCGCCCUUCAUUAUUUUCUUUAUUUCAUAUACGUUUGUCAUCAUCUUUACUUCUGAACUUUUCCUACCCAUAUUCUACAGAUCUGGGAUUACAAGCACUUAUGAGUAUUUGGAGUUAAGAUUUAACAAGUCUGUUCGCCUUGCUGCAACACUGAUCUACAUAGUGCAGACGAUUCUUUAUACUGGAGUCGUGGUUUAUGCUCCAGCAUUGGCUCUUAACCAAGUGACUGGAUUUAAUCUUUGGGGCUCUGUAUUUGCAACGGGAAUUGUCUGCACUUUCUACUGCACUCUGGGAGGAUUAAAAGCUGUUGUCUGGACAGAUGCAUUUCAACUGGUUGUCAUGGUGGUUGGUUUCUUAACGGUUCUGAUUCAAGGAACUAUUCAGAAUGGAGGACCUAACAACAUCUGGGAGAAUGCCAACAAUGGAUCGCGCCUAGCAGUAUUUGACUUUGAUGUAGAUCCUUUAAGGCGACACACCUUUUGGACAAUCGCAAUUGGGGGAACCUUUACGUGGUUAGGAAUCUAUGGAGUUAAUCAGUCCACAAUACAGAGAUGCAUUUCCUGCAAAUCAGAAAAGCAAGCUAAACUUGCACUGUACCUUAAUUUAGUGGGACUCUGGGUAAUCCUAGUGUGUGCAGUCUUUUCAGGCUUGGUGAUGUAUGCCCAUUUUAAGAACUGCGAUCCUUGGACUGCUGGUUUCAUUUCAGCACCUGAUCAGCUGAUGCCUUAUUUUGUUAUGGACAUAUUUUCAACAAUGUCAGGACUCCCCGGACUCUUUGUUGCAUGCGCAUUCAGCGGAACCCUCAGCACUGUGGCUGCAAGCAUAAAUGCUCUAGCAACAGUAACAUUUGAGGAUUUUGUCAAGUACCGUUUUCCAAAUCUCUCUGAAAAAAUGAGCACGUGGGUCAGCAAAGGAUUAUGUAUAGUAUUUGGAGUGCUGUGUACUUCCAUGGCUGUGGCAGCAUCACUUCUGGGAGGAGUUGUCCAGGCUUCACUCAGCAUUCACGGCAUGUGUGGGGGGCCCAUGCUAGGAUUAUUUACACUGGGAAUUGUGUUUCCUUGUGCUAAUUGGAAGGGUGCCGUAGGAGGUCUAUUGACUGGGAUCACCCUAGCAUUUUGGGUUGCUAUUGGAGCUUUUAUUUAUCCAGCACAACCUUCAAAGGCCCGCCCUCUGCACUUAUCAACAGCCAACUGCACUCUAGCUAAUAACACAGAGAUGAUAACUACAUUGGCUCCUACUCUCCCUCCAAUCAGGACUCAACUGGCAGAUACCUGGUAUUCCUUGUCCUACCUUUACUACAGCGCUGUGGGCUGUUUAGGGUGCAUUAUUGCAGGCCUUCUGAUAAGCUUUUUAACAGGCCCUGAUAAAGGAAAAGAUGUGAAACCAGCGCUAAUAAGUCCUGUCUGCAACUUGUUUUGUUUUUGGUCUAAAAAAUACAAAACAUUAUGCUGGUGUGGCGUGCAGCACGACAGCACAACAAUUCCUGAGGACUCUGAAAACAAUGUGUGUAAAGAUGGUGCAAAGAAGCCAGGGACAGAUGAUCCCCUCCAGAAUGGUUUCAACAAAGAAACCCAGAGUCAUUUACCUGGUUAUAAUCAUCAUGAAAAAUCCUACACCAAUACGAGCAUAGAGACAGAAUCCUACUUCUAG